UUUAUCAACAAAGACUUGAAAAACCCAACCCAGAAAGUGUGUGAGACUGAGACACAUAAUGACUAUACUCUCGCUCUCAGCUUCAUCUUCUUCCUUUAUGCUUUCAUCGUCCUCCACUUGUUCUUCUUCAACAAAACCCCCAUUUUCUUCUUCCUCAAAGAAUGUCAUUAAAACCCCAUUUGUUGGGCUCUCCGUGGCACCACCACAAAAGCUUUGGCUUCCCACAACCACCAACCUGGGUUUUGACAAUGGAAGCAACCCAAGACGAAGCUUCGAGGUCUUCAGCACAAAGGAAAUCGCUCGCGUCCCCCUAGAUCAACGCUGGAUGUUCGAGGACGACGAAGUCGACGGCCCUGACAUUUGGAAUAAUACAUGGUAUCCAAAAGCUGCAGACCAUGUGAAUACUGAAAAGCCGUGGUAUAUUGUGGAUGCCACGGACAAGAUUCUUGGAAGAAUGGCAUCCACAAUUGCGAUUUACAUCCGCGGGAAGAAUUUGGCAACCUACACCCCCAGUGUGGACAUGGGGGCAUUUGUCAUUGUGGUAAAUGCAGAGAAGGUUGCAGUUUCUGGCAAGAAAAGAACCCAAAAGCUCUACAGGAGGCAUUCUGGACGACCAGGUGGGAUGACAGUGGAAACAUUUGACCAGCUACAGCAGAGAAUUCCAGAGAGAAUUAUCGAACAUGCUGUUCGGGGUAUGCUUCCAAAAGGGAGGCUUGGCAGAGCACUUUUCAACCACCUAAAGGUUUACAAGGGCCCAGAUCAUCCACAUGAGGCUCAGAAGCCAGUGGAGCUGCCUAUAAAGGAUAAAAGAAUACAGAUACAGAAGUAAAUUCCAAGUUGACUCUGCAAGUACAUCAGGAGCACGUGGUAUUGUAAUCUAGAUGGAAGCACUUGUAGGUUUCAUUUGCUUUUAUGUAAUUGUAUCUGAAAAUGCGAUUAAUGUCUAACAUUUUUCAGAGUUAUUAAUUUUGGAAAGAAAAAAAAAAAAAAACCUCUUUAUAUA